CCAUCUUCGCCCCAAAUUCAAUUCAAAUCUCACUCCGGUCUUGAAUUACUGCUUGAAUUAAACAAGGGAAUUGCCAUACCUAACGUCUUCUGCAUAUUGUCUUCAUCAUCGAUCUGAUCUGAUCUCAUCUGAUCGAUCAAAAUCUAGAAAAAAUGGCGAUGGCGAGGGCAAGCUCUGGCCUCGCAUACCCUGAUCGUUUCUACGCUGCUGCUACUUAUGCGGGCUUUGGUGGGUCUCCUAAUUCAUCUUCCAAAGGGGUCACCUCCAAAUUCUCUAACGACGUCGCUCUUUUGCUUUACGCCUUGUAUCAGCAGGCAACUGUUGGACCUUGUAACUUACCAAAACCAAGAGGUUGGAGUCCGGUGGAACAAAGCAAAUGGACAAGUUGGAAUGGUCUUGGAACCAUGGCUUCCAUUGAAGCGAUGCGCCUCUUUGUAAAAAUAUUGGAGGAAGAAGAUCCAGGAUGGUACUCAAGGAUAUCCAACUUUAUUUCAGAGCCUGUUGUAGACGUAGAGAUGAAUGAACACAAGGAAAAUUUUGUUCUUGGAGCGUGAACAAUUGCACCAGGAAUGCAUGCAUAAUUCAAAGAUGGGGUUACCCACUAAGGGUGAAGUUGCUUUGCCUGAAACGAAAACCAUCCCCUCCGAGAAUGGGAAUUCUGGGGAAACUCAGGACAAAGAUGUAAUGGUGGAAGGACUUGGUUCUGUUGGUGUGUAUGACCAAUGGGUUGCCCCUCCGGUCUCUGGUCCACGUCCAAAGCCCCGAUAUGAGCAUGCAGCAGCUGUUGUUGAUGAUAAAAUGUAUAUAUUCGGUGGAAACCAUAAUGGACGUUACUUAAAUGAUCUUCAGACACUUGAUUUACGAAAUUGGACAUGGUCAAGGAUUGAAGUUAAAGCAAACUCUGAGGCUCCAGCGGCAGUUACUCCUUGUGCAGGGCAUUCUUUGAUACCAUGGGAAGGGAAUAAGCUUUUAUCAAUUGCAGGACAUUCAAAGGAUCCUUCCGAAGUUGUUAAUGUGAGGGCAUUUGAUCUGCAAACAUGUACUUGGUCAACCAUGAAGACCUACGGGAAACCGCCGGUUUCACGUGGAGGUCAAUCAGUUACACUUGUGGGGACUAACUUAGUCAUAUUUGGUGGACAAGAUGGAAACAGGACUCUCUUGAAUGACCUGCACAUUUUAGAUUUGGAAACCAUGACCUGGGAUGAAAUUGACACACUAGGUGUUUCGCCUUCUCCACGGUCUGACCAUGCUGCUGCAGUACAUGCAGAGCGUUAUCUUCUAAUAUUUGGUGGUGGCACACAUGCAACUUGUUUCAAUGAUCUUCAUGUCCUUGAUUUGAAAACUAUGGAAUGGUCAAGACCAACCCAACAAGGAGAGAUACCAAGUCCACGAGCUGGCCAUGCUGGUGUGAUCGUUGGAGAGAGUUGGUUCAUUGUUGGUGGUGGAGAUAACAAGAGUGGAGUUUCAGAAACUGUUGUCCUCAACAUGUCUACUUUGUCUUGGUCCAUCGUAACAACUGUUGAAGGGCGCGCUCCUCUUGCUAGUGAGGGGUUGAGUUUGGUGUUGAAUGGUGAAGAUGUGCUGGUGUCUUUUGGAGGAUACAAUGGGCGAUACAACAAUGAGGUCAACUUACUCAAACCCAGCCACAAAUCAACCUUGCAAGCAACUAUGUCGGGGACACCUGCCCUUGAUAGUGGUUCUGGUGUGCAGAAUGCGACAAAUGGCACAAGAGAUGUCGAGUUAGAAUUUGAAGCUGGUCAAGAAGGAAAAAUUAGGGAAAUCAGUAUGGAUAAUAAUGAGCCACAGACAAACCAAGUUAAUGAAGUCAUAGCUGCCCUUAAGACAGAAAAGGAAGAAUUAGAAUCAGCACUCGACAAGGAGAAGUCACAGUCACUUCAGCUAAAGCAAGAGCUGAUAGAAGCUGAAUCCAAGAACACAGACUUGUACAAGGAACUCCAGUCUGUGCGUGGUCAGCUUGCUGCAGAGCAGUCAAGAUGUUUUAAACUAGAGGUGGAUGUUGCAGAGCUACGACAAAAGCUACAAACAAUGGAGACGUUACAGAAAGAAGUUGAAAUCCUGCAAAGACAAAAGGCUGCUUCAGAAGAAGCUUAUGCAAAACAAAGACAGAGUACAGGAGGGGUGUGGGGAUGGCUAGCCGGGACACCCCCACCUAUCCAAAAACCAAACGACGCCUAGAUACAUAGUCAAUAUUCAUUUUUCUUAUAGAAUCUUGUUUCCUUUUUCUUUCUCUCUUGACCAUUGUGGUUCUACUUCUACUUAUGGUAUUUAGAAUUUUGUGCUAAA